AUGAGUCUCAAAUUCGUGUGCGCUGUAUUCGUGGUGAUCUGCCUUCUUCCCAACUUCAACCAAGCCGACAGUUUCACUACCGAUCCGUAUGUCGACAGUGAAUCCACGGUGCCGUAUUUAAAUUUUACAAAUAUAACGAUCCCAGAUGUGGAUGGGAUUGGCACCGUCCAUGUCACCAGCGUCGGGAGUGCCAAUCUGUCCUGUCCGCUGACAAAAGACAAAACUGAGACACAAGGAAAGGAGAACCUGUCCGUGAGUACCUGUGUGAACCUGACGAGGGUUGACGUUGACAUGCCGGACCUGAGGCUGAACACUACAAUCGGUGUUGCAGCUUUCAACGUCUCCGUAAACGUGACGAAGGGUGAGACGGAGAACAUUUCAGUGAAAGUACGCGUAGAACUUACUGACUGGAAUGUCACCAGUAUUGGCGGACCGGAGCUCUAUGUCAACAUUUCGUCAAAGAAAUUGAAAAGCAAACACGCCAUGCAAAAGGUUCUGCAAACUGAGGCCAGUUUGUUACUGAAUAAGCCGAAAUACGCAAACUGGCUUUACGAUUUAUUGUCCGGAAUGUGGCCCAAACCAACUGAACCAUCUACGACUUCUGACUUUAUGUCAACUGAUAUUGACAUGUUAUAA